CCUCAUUCUGAAGCAAAAAGUCAUAACUGUGAGCUUAUUCCUCUGUUUUUCCCCUUCCUUUCUUUCCAUUAUGUCGACACUCUCCUUCUUCUUCUCCUCCUUCUUCUUCCCCACUCCCUUCUUCUUCCCUCUCUCUCUUACUCUUUUUCUCUCUUUUUUAAUACCCAAAACAACCCCCCUCUUCUCUCCACUGCUUCUCCGAUUCCAUUACAGGCGGCACCUUCCUCUUUUCGAAGAUCCCUGACUUGGGUUCUUCGAAUCUCUAAUUGGGUUUUAAUUCCCCACUCUUCCUUUCUUCUUCUCUCAUGUUCUUCUUCGAGGAUUUGUUGCAGGUGCUCUGUAUUCGAGGUUUUCAGGAUAAAACUCGACUUCUUUCUGAGUCUUUUAUACGGACCGUAUCUGAAUCCAUGACCAAUUCUGCAUGUGGGGUUUCAGAGGUAGAACUCUGUAGAAACGAUUCGGCUGCACUUCAUUUUAAAUUAAUCGCCAUCGCGUCAAUUUUAACAGCCGGAGUCAUCGGGAUCGCCAUUCCGUUGUUUGGUAAACAGCGUCGGUUUCUCAAAACAGACGGCAACCUGUUCGUGGCCGCGAAGGCGUUUGCCGCCGGUGUGAUUCUAGCCACCGCUUUCGUCCAUAUGCUUCCGGAUGGAUCGAAAGCUCUCUCCGAUCCGUGCUUGCCGGAAUUUCCAUGGUCGAAAUUCCCCUUCUCGGGGUUCUUCGCGAUGAUGGCGUCGCUUUUGACGCUGCUCGUGGAUUUCGUCGGAACUCAGUACUACGAGCGGAAACAGGGAAUGAUUCGGUCGAAAGAGGAGGCGAAUCGGGUCGGGUCGUUGGUAGAUACCGGGUUGGAAUCCGGCAUUGUUCCGGCUGGAGAAUUGAACGUGAAAGUGUUUGGGGAAGAGGAUGGCGGCGGGAUGCACAUCGUGGGAAUGCACGCCCACGCCGCCCACCACCGGCACAAUCAUCCACAAGGGAAGGAGGCAUGUGACGGGCACGUGGCAGUUCAUGAUCAUGGGCAUGGACAUGCCCAUGGACACGGCCAUUCUCAUGGGCUGGACGUCGAUGAUGACGAAAGCGGUGUGCGACAUGUCGUUGUUUCCCAGAUUUUGGAGCUUGGAAUAGUGUCACAUUCAGUGAUAAUUGGGCUGUCUCUAGGAGUGUCCCACAGCCCAUGCACCAUUAGACCCUUAAUUGCAGCCCUUUCCUUCCAUCAGUUCUUUGAAGGCUUUGCCCUUGGUGGCUGCAUUUCUCAGGCUCAAUUCAACACUCUCUCCACCUCCCUCAUGGCUGUCUUCUUUGCCAUCACCACACCCCUCGGGAUCGCCGUAGGCGCUGCCGUUGCCUCCACCUAUAACCCCAACAGCACCGGGGCGUUGGUUGCUGAAGGCAUUUUGGACUCUCUGUCAGCUGGGAUUCUGGUGUACAUGGCUCUCGUUGAUCUGAUUGCGGCCGACUUUCUUAGCAAGAGAAUGAGCUGCAAUUUUAGACUGCAACUUGUUUCGUAUUGUACUCUCUUCCUCGGCGCGGGGUUGAUGUCUUCGCUCGCACUUUGGGCUUGACCUAAAAUUCAUUUACAUUACAGAUUGCUUUUGGUUUAUUUAUUUAUUUUUUCCUUUUAUGAAGUUGUGUUAGAAGGAAAAGGUAAGAGGUAGGGAACUAAUGGUUUUCAGAAGGGUUUGGAAUGACCCAAUGCAUUAGAUUAGAUCAUGUAUACUUAAAAUCUCUUCUGUACGUACACCAAAAAGAGAGAAAAAAAAAUGCCUCAACCAAGAAAAAGAAAAAAGAUAUUGAUUUUAGUUUUCCUUUUAACAACAA